UGUACCUCUCCACGACUGUCGAACGAUAUAACCGCAUUGAUAUAUUUGGGUGAUGGACGUUUUCAUUUGGAAUCAAUUAUGAUUCACAAUCCAAAUAUCAAUGCAUACCAGUACGAUCCGUAUUCAAGGAAACUCACCCAUGAAGUGUACGAUUAUGAGCGAAUGUUGCAAAUCAGAAGUGAUGCAGUGAAUAGAGCAAAAACGGCAAAGAAAUUUGGUAUAAUUCAAGGAACACUCGGACGACAAGGGAACAUUCGAAUUGUUGAGGUUCUUGAAUCGAAAUUACAAGCGGCUGGUAUUAAGUUUGUACGUAUUCUUCUGUCGGAAAUAUUCCCCGAAAAGCUGGCGUUAUUCGAUGAUAUCGAUUGGUUGGUUCAUUUUCAUUAUGUGUUCUUUUUUUUUCUGGCAGCGGGAAAACAAAAUAACAAGAUUGAUCUCGUUUCAUAG